CGCUGCCUCCAUGGCGACGCGGUGGCAGUCCAUCCAAGAUGGCCGCCGGGCCGUUCGGCGGGCGUUGCGGUGCGGCUGUUUGGCCGCUGCUGUCCGCGCUCACGGCCGCCCUGCUGCUGGGCUGCAGCCGCACCAACGGCAUCUCCACAUCAUUCUCCUCAGCGUCCUGUCAGCACCGAGUGCCCGGCGGCGGGGAGGUGCUGUACGGGGCUCCUGUGAGGGAAGGACGCGUCAUGAGGAGAAGCGUGGAUCAGCGGCUGAGGAUUAAGAUUAUAUACGACAGGAGCGUGGAGGGUUUGUUACCAGAGAAAAGACACCUUAUAAAGAACAAACUCUUCCCACAAGCCAUCUCUUACUUGGAGAAGACUUUCCAAGUGCGCAAAUCCACAGGUACUAUCUUGCUAAGCAGGCAGUGUGCAACGAACCAGUAUUUGAGGAGGAAAGCUGACCCUCACAGGUACUGCCGAGGGGCCUGUGCCAACCACACACGAUGUGGGCCAGUUAUUGUGCCAGAGAAACACCUCCAGCAAUGCAGGGUGUACAAUCAGAACGAGCAGCUCUCCGACGUACCUGACCAAGAAGGGGUUCGAGAUGCUGACUUUGUCCUUUAUGUCAGUGCUCUCACCACUGACAGGUGUGGCCAUGAAAACAUCAUUGCAUAUGCAGCCUACUGCCAACUGGAAGCCGAAAUGGACAGGCCAAUAGCAGGAUAUGCUAACCUGUGUCCAAACAUGAUCUCAACACAACCUCAGGAAUUUGUUGGCAUGCUGUCUACAGUGAAACACGAGAUUAUCCAUGCACUGGGUUUCUCUGCUGGACUGUUUGCAUUUUAUCGUGAUGAUGAUGGAAAGCCUUUGACAGCAAGAUAUGCUGAUGGACUCCCUCCUUUUAAUGAAAGCCUAGGUUUGUAUCAGUGGAGCGAUAAGGUUGUUCAGAAAGCAGUGAGGUUAUGGGACGUUCGUGGUGGCAGAAUGCUGCGUCAUGCUGUUUAUCUUCUGAAAACACGUCGUGUUGUUGAAGAAGCUCGAAAACAUUUUGAUUGUCCGAUUCUCGAGGGAAUGGAGCUUGAAAAUCAAGGUGGGAUGGGCACUGAGCUCAAUCACUGGGAGAAGAGGUUGCUGGAGAAUGAAGCUAUGACUGGAUCCCAUACACAGAACCGAGUCUUUUCCAGGAUCACCUUAGCAUUAAUGGAAGACACAGGGUGGUAUAAAGCAAAUUACAGCAUGGCGGAGAAAUUAGAUUGGGGCCGUAAUAAAGGCUGUGACUUUGUAAUGAAGAGCUGUAAGUUCUGGAUUGACCAAAAGAAACAGAAGAGGCAACUCAUCAGUCCAUACUGUGACACUUUGAGGAGUAACCCUUUGCAGUUAACCUGCAGACAGGACCAAAGAGCAGUAGCAGUGUGCAACUUACAGAAGUUUCCAAAGCAGUUACCUCAGGAAUAUCAGUAUUUUGACAAUCUCAGUGGAGUACCAGCAGAAGACUUGCCUUACUAUGGUGGCUCAGUAGAAAUUGCUGACUACUGUCCCUUCAGUCAAGAAUUCAGUUGGCAUUUAAGUGGUGAAUUUCAGCGCAGCUCAGACUGCAGAAUAAUCGAAAACCAACCAGAUCCAACCAAAAACUAUGGUGCAGAAGAAUACGGGCCAAACUCUGUGUGUUUGAUUCAGAAAUCAGCUUUUGUCAUGGAACAGUGCAGGAGGAAGCUCAGUUACCCCGACUGGGGUAGUGGAUGUUACCAAGUUUCUUGUUCUCCACAAGGGCUGCAUGUUUGGGUCAAGGACACUGCAUACCUGUGCAGCCGCUCGGGUCAGGUGUUAACCGUGAGCAUUCAGAUGAAUGGCUGGGUGCAUGUUGGGAAUCUGAUCUGCCCUGCCUGCUGGGACUUCUGUGACUCCUGUCCCCCAGAGCGGGAUCCUCCAGCUUUGAACUUAUCGAGAGCUGCAGCAACUGACUUGUGCUCCUGCUCGUCUAGCCUAGUCGUAACCCUUUGGCUGUUGAUGGCUAACUUAAUCCCCUUGGUAACAGGAUUAUUCCUCUGCGCAUAACUCAAGCAGUGAGCAAGAGGAUAUUCCAGGAUGAUGCACUGCAGUCUUGCACCUCUCGUUGUGGAGCACUGAGUUGUUUUGUCUCUGCGGGCAGCUGCCUUGUCCUGAGCCUCAUCCCUGUUGGCUAGUAGCGGUGCAGGCAGUAGUCAGGGAGGUGCUGACAACAGCAGCCAGAGCCUGAGAGGUGGAGAAUUUACCGUGUCAUCUCAACAAGUGCCAGUAUGUUCCUGAACUGCAACCCUUGAUUUUGACACAGUAACAAGAUCGCUGUGCCAGCCUUCCUGGCAGCUUGGUCAAGAUUUGAGAGGAGAACUCUGCUGUCAUAGAAUUUGGGAUUGUGUUCGUUUGGUUUGGUUUGUUCUUUUUUUUUUUUUCCUUCAGUGCGACUGGUAGCAAAGCACCCUCAAACUGGAAAUAUACCUCAGUGGUUUAGUUGAAAGCCAUGGUGAAAAUCAGUUAUCAUCACUGCUAAUAACUCAGACCUAAGCAGGUAUGGGACGUUUCCGUCACUUCUUACAUUUCACAGGGAAAAAAGAACAGAAUGGAAUGGAAUGGAAUGGAAUGGAAUGGAAUGGAAUGGAAUGGAAUGGAAUGGAAUGGACCAGAUGUUGGGAAUUCUUUCUACACCUGAAUUCUGCAGCGUUGAGGCUUCUCGGAAUUCAUGUUAUAUGUGGUAAAGCAUCUACUUGGGGCUCACGUAAACCUUCUUACGUGCCCAGAGUGGAAUUUCAGAGUGAUGACCAUGACAGCUGUCUAGAAGUCGUAUCCUCGCUUAGCGUAUGGACUGGAUUAUGUAAGAUAUUAGAAUAUACUCAGAGUGGUUUGCUAGACAAACACAUUUCAGUACUUGAUUCUAGUCUAUAAAAUUGGGUUAGGUUUUCUGAUGAUAUUUUUCUUAAACCAUGACGUUGUUUUUUAUUAGUAUGAGCAUUAACACAGUUGUUCUCACUUUUUGUUGAAGGUUGGUAGCUGUGGCAGCUAUCAUCUUACAGAAUCAUGUUGACUUAUCUCCGCCAAAACCAUAUUGAGUAGGUAAAGAAAAGUCUAAUCCACCUUCUUCCACCCCUCUUUCUUGAGCCUGUAGUUGAUAGUUCAACUACACAAAUAAUUGGCAUUUGGAUUAUGUUAGAGAAUCAGACGCUUUGAGAUAUGCAAGGGUGUGCCCAGGUACAAAAUCCAUCUCUUGGGGGACAAAAUCUGCUUGAGGAAGGAAAUGAGCAAAGUCUGUCUCACUGAGGACAGCUGCUCUAUCCAACACUCGUGAGGAUGUUUUUCUUAGUUCCUGACCCUAUAUAAUGUGUUACUAAUAACACAUCCUAAGGCCAAGGAGACUCUUUGGUUCAACCCUCAUCUGUCCUGCUGCAUAGCUCUCAUCUGUAGGAAGGUGCUCAAUGAGGGAGCAGAUGUGCCACAGGCACUAAAAAUACAAAGCUGGGGAAGAAGAUGUUACACCACUUCUUUAAGGCUUGAUGACUCUCUAAAAUGAAAGGCAGAGGGAUGGAAGGAGUAACUUCUUCAGCUACGAUUAAUGUUGAAUAAUAGGACUUUGUUGUACUUGUGAGGACACUGAAGAUUAUCUUUGUGCCUAGUAUAUAUUUUUAAGACACUUUAUGACACUGGUGAAGUGAAUAAGUUGCAACCUGAAACUGACUGAGAUCACGUGGCUAAGAGAGUACCUUGCACUGGGCUAGUUCCCCUGCUGAUCUGUAGGUUACGCCCAGCUUGCUUUGAGCUAAACAAGGCCUGGUUAGCCUUAAUUGGUGUUUCUGAGAAGCAAUAUGAAUUAGGGAUCAAAUGCUUUAAAUGUGUACAAAUUUGAAUCAAGAAGCACUCAGAUGAAUAAGCAAACACUGGUAACUUUAAGGUAUGCACAAUCAGCAGUCGGUAUUAGUGGAUUCCUUGAACAUGUAAAGGUUUGAGAAUACAUCUUUGGCCCCAGAGGUUGGUAUUGUGUCUUUUGUCUGUUGUGCAAUAAUACAGUCGAAAUGGCAUCACUCAGCAGCAACGCUUUUUAUACUUGAAAAGAAAUUAUCGGUUAUUUUUUCUUACUGUGAAAUAUUUGCACUGUUGGAACUUUCUGGUUAACUUUAUAACUGUUAAGCAUUUCUAAUGGUGUUAAUUUAUUGCACUUGGUAUUUGAUAUGCUGGUCUGUCUGUGUAAGUGGGGUUUGUUAUAUUUAAGUGAAUCUUUUUUUUUAAUCUUCUACCCAGUUGUUUAUCUCGAGGGCUUUUUUGAGCACUAACUGAAAACUGAAAGGUGGCUUAAAACGUUGAUGCUUCCCUACUUCUGGAUCAGAUACGUUUGAGUAAAGAAAGGCUGCAGUGUGUUGUAUCUGCAGGGAACAUCUGUCUGCCUGUAGGAGUGAUUGUAGCCAGAUUUGGUCCUACCUGCUGAGUAGCUGCAUCAGUGAAUCCAGUGAAGUAAAACUAUUAACGCCUUAAUAAUCUGAGAUUUCAGUUGUAAUUUCUUUGACAUGCAGCCCUUCAGCUGGCCGUGAAGCACAGAAUUGGAAGCGACUUGUUGGGAGGGCAGAUGGAAGUGGGCAGAAUCCAACCAGUUCUGUCAGUGAGCUGCACCUUCAUUGGAGCUGCCAGGGGAUGCGUCAGGUUUGCUUUGAAGUGGCAGUGAAUUGGUGGCUGUCAAAAGGAAUAUCUGAGUAAAACUGCCUACCUCAGUUCUGUGUGGCACUGAGUUCAGCUUUUAGCCUGUUGUUAACUUGAGCGGCUAAAGGAGAAUGAAGUAAAAACACAUCUCAGGUUUUUAAGAGCAACAUAAACGUAGUAGGAAGCGUAAGCCAUUUUUUUUAGUGUUGAACACAACUGAAAUUAUCGCUUAAAACAAUCGUUUGCGUAGCCUUAAGUUUGGUCUCCCAGUAGUUCAAAUUUAUACAUAUAUAUUUCAGUUAGAAGUUGAAGCAAUUCAUGCUGUAGGAACUCCUUUUUUUCUCACGUUUCAAUUACAAGAAGGAAGAAGAGCUUUUGGCUGCAGUAUGCGCCAAGUAAAUGACGUAGGGAAGCAGGCUGCUCCUUUCCCUUGAGAUGUCUUGAAGAUCUGGGAGGCUGCUCUUCGUGUAGGUUAAUGACUGGAACGCAACUUUGAUGCUCACCACUUGACUGUUGGUGCAACAUAGCUCAUUCUUUUUGUUAUGCACUGCUUAAUUAGAAAGGCUGGUACAAAUCUUCCUGCUCAAAUAUGUUUCAGUAGGGAGGGAUGCUUAGGUCCUCCCUUCCCCACACGUCCCAUGAGUGGCUGUGAGCUGAGCUGUGGGAACCCGCAGCCAGGUUGGGCUGCAUGUGUCACUGUGUGGGUCUGGAGUCUGUGCUGUUACAUUCAAUGACGCCAUCUUACACCAUCAAAACUCCAAAGUGUAAAUGUUGCCUUCAGAAUGUGAAGCUUCCCUUGGAGAUAAAACAACUGUCUUGGGAGAACCGGCUGACCUUGAGUAUGUGUUUCCUAUUUUGGUACAGAAUGUAAAUACAGAACAAACUAUUUUACAUAGCUUUUGACUGGGUUGGGAUAUAAGGGCUAAUUUUUGUUAUUUAUGAAGUCUCCUUAUUUUACUGUGUAAAAGUGUCAUAAGAAAGAAGGAAAACAAUACGUUCAUCAAUAAAAAUGUCUGUAGAAAAUGGA